AUGGUUUUUGAUCUUAGACUUAGUGUUAGAGUUUAUUGGAGGGAUUGGAUUUUACAAGAAGAAUUUAAACAUGAAACUUUAAGCAAAUGCUUUGAUAAUAUUUCCAAUAAUUCUGAACCGUCAAUUAUUUAUAAUAAUAUUUUAACUACUUUACCUCUCAGUUAUGGUUGGGAUUGUUACGAUUUUGCAAAAAGUAUAAAAUUAAAGCCUGGUCAACCUCGUGAAAAAAUAAUCUACCAUGCUUAUUGGCGUGCUGAUUUACGACCUUUUGGUGAUAAACAAAUCGCUACCUUAAAGUCAUUCUUUGCUACUCAAGACGCAAAUUUUUCAUCUCUUAUCCUUUGGACUAACGGAAAUCUUUCGACUGUUCCUUCUCUUAAUAUGUUGGUUGAACGUUAUUCCCAUCGAUUCAUAAUAAAACAUUAUGAUGUCCUAAGAGAAAGUAAAGGAACACCUAUGGAAAAUUCACCAAAUCUUGAAUUUAAAGAUAAACUUGCUUACCUUGAUGGUGACUUGAUUAGACUCCUUGUUUUAUACAAAUAUGGAGGUAUGUGGUUUGAUAUGGAUUCUCUUUUUAUACGUGAUUUAUCUCCACUCAUGGAGCAUGAAUGGCUUGGUCAAUGGGAUUGUUUUAUGCCAAAGGGUUAUCCUUUCAACGGUGCUUUUAUGAGAUUUCGUAAGAAUUCUCCUUAUUUAUGUGAACUUCUUUCCGAAAUGGCUAAUGGUCCUGUUCCUAGUAAAUCUUCGAUUGAUUGGGGUGGAAGAAUUUAUUAUAAAGUUUUUAGACGCUUAAUUCAAAAUGGAAAAAAACCAUUUGGAAUGAUUCCUUGGUGCUUUACUGAUCCUCACUUGUGUAAUCCGUACAAUUCAAUGCCUAAUGCUUUUGAUGAAUCUGAUUUUGAUAAGGAAAGAUUAUUACAGACAUUUGCUUUUCACUGGCACAAUCAAUGGGAUAAGGAAAAAGGGAGUUUAUUUAGAUUUCUAGAAGAAAGAAAUAAUGAGAUUCUGG